AUGAGAGUUCGCAACCCGAAACCUGAGUUGGCCAUCGUGAAGCUGUUCGCGCAAAAUAAAGAAGAUAAGAAGAGAGUAGAGAAAGCCCUAAGCGAGUCAGGUCUACCCACGGGAAAGACAGACACCAUCUGCCAGUCUAAGUUCCAAUUUGAAGACUUCUUUGGUUUUUAUAAGAGUCUCACCCAGCGCAUUGAAGUACUGAAUAUAUUUAACAAACUUACGGACGGAAAACCUCACCUAUCAGCUACGCAGCUCGUGGACUUCCUCAACGAGGUUCAACGUGACCCUCGUUUGAAUGAGAUCCUCCACCCAUACGCAGAUAUGCAGAGAGCAAACGACCUUAUCAGGACAUAUGAACAUAACAAAUACCAUCAGCAGCGGUCCCAGCUUACGUUUGAUGGGUUUUUGAGAUUUCUAAUGUCGGAGGAUAAUCCUAUAGUUGCGCCUAACAAAUUGGACCUCUGUGACGAUAUGGAUCAGCCCUUAGCGCAUUACUUCAUAAAUAGCUCGCACAAUACCUACUUGACUGGUCACCAGCUCACUGGGAAGUCCAGCGUUGAGAUCUAUCGACAAUGCCUAUUGGCUGGAUGCAGGUGUGUAGAGCUGGACUUCUGGAAUGGUCGAUUAGACGAGCCCGUUAUCUACCAUGGCUACACCAUAGUACCACAGAUCAACGCUCGUGAUGUGCUGGAAGCGAUCGCCGAAAGUGCCUUCAAGACCUCCGAUUAUCCAGUGAUUCUGAGUUUCGAGAACCACUGCAGCCCGCGACAACAGACGAAGAUCGCAAACUAUUGCAAAGAUAUAUUUGGAGAUAUGCUGCUGGAUAAGCCCUUGGAUUCACAUCAACUUGAGCCCGGGGGAGAGCUCCCACCGCCGUCGUUACUUAAGAAUAAAAUAAUAAUAAAGAACAAGAAAAAACAUCAUCAUCACCACAAAAAGGAAGAGAUCGUGGUGGUUGAAGAAAGCGAACAGCAUGUGCCCCAGGGAAAUGGAGAAGUGGCGCAUGGAUCGCUAGUUCGACAAGGCUCAAAGGAAUCCAGUGAGACCUCGGAGUCCGAAAGCUCUAGUGAAGAGGAAGCGGGUGGCACUGGAGAAGUGGAGGGGAUUUCAGAGGAUUCAAGAAGAGAGAGUCAUGCUGUUGCAGAAAUUUCUGCGCUUGUCAACUAUGUACAGCCUGUGCAUUUUAGCUCGUUUGAGAAUGCUGAGAAGAAAAAUCGUUACUACGAAAUGUCAUCGUUCGAUGAGAAGCAAGCAACAACGCUACUAAAGGAGCGACCAGUCGAAUUCGUUAAUUAUAAUAAGCACCAGUUAUCCAGAGUAUAUCCCGCGGGAACUAGAAUUGUUUCUUCGAAUUUUAUGCCGCAGGUGUUCUGGAACGCAGGAUGUCAAUUAGUGGCUUUAAACUACCAAACAUUAGACCUGGCGAUGCAGCUCAAUCUCGGAAUCUUUGAAUACAAUAAGCGUUGUGGUUACUUGUUAAAACCCGAAUUCAUGCGACGAAAGGAUAGACGUCUUGACCCGUUCGCAGAAAGUACGGUAGACGGGAUUAUAGCUGGUUCAUUGUCUGUGAGCGUUGUGUCAGGCCAGUUACUGACGGAUAAGCGUUGUGGGACGUACGUAGAAGUGGAUAUGUUCGGAUUACCCGCGGACACAGUCCGUAAGAAGUUCCGUACACGAGUUGUGCCUAAUAAUGGCAUUAAUCCAGUGUAUGGCGAUGAACCGUUCGUCUUCAAGAAGGUGGUGUUGCCAGAACUAGCGAUGCUGCGUAUAUCAGCCCACGAGGAAAGUGGCCGAUUGCUCGGCCACCGAGUGUUGCCUGUUCCCGAAUUAUGUCCCGGAUAUAGACACGUCGGCCUGCGAACGGAGCUAGGACAGCCCACGGGAGCCGCAUUACUUCUGCACGUACAAGUCAAGGACUAUGUACCAGAUCGGUUGUCAGAGUUGGCUGAAGCGUUGGCGAACCCCAUCAAGUACCAAAGUGACAUGGAGAAGAGGGCUCAUCAGCUGUCAGUACUGACAGAAGACACAGAUACGGAGGAAGCACCGCUUGAUGCUGUUAAGAGACCUGCGUCUGGUGUAUCUGUACCUAGACCAGAGAGCGGGACUGACGUCAGUCCAAAGAAACCAGUUGAAUCAAAGGCAAAUGAUUCCGAUACGCAACCAAACGAAAACGAGAAGUCAACAGAAAAGGAUGAGCCACAAAACAAAUGGAAUGGCAGCAGUACAGAGGCGAAUAUUGAAGAUACACUGAAGAACUUGCUGGAGAGCAAAGCGGUCCGUGAGAAGAGAGCGGAACUUGGCCGCAAAUUGGAUGCAUUAAGAAAGAAGCAGACUAGGGGGAAACCCGGUGCCACCAAAUUCUUUACUAAGAGAAUAUCCAUUAAGAAUAUGAGCGAACAAAGUUUAACAACUGAAGAAGGUAGUACAUUGGAGGGACUGGGCGGCGGCGCGUGCGCAGGCGGCGCUGAAAUAGAACGGAGUAUGAGAUUGCAGUACCAUAAUACGAUAUUUGCUACACUUGAGAAGAUGCUGAGGAACGAACAUCUUCAACAGAUGAAGGAUCUUACUGAGAGACUUGAAUCAAAGAAGAAAGAGGUAUUAAAUCGCCUGGCGACCUCUCGGAAGGAGGACGUGAAGGCUCUCGCCAAAGCCAAUCGGGACAAAGACGAAAUACUCAGAAGGAAAAGAGAAAUACAUUCAGAGUCCGUGAAGCGGGGCGUAGCGGAGUGUUCCAAGCUGGAGAGUGAACAUGCCAGACUUCGUGAACAGCUGGUGCAUCAUCACGACAAACUGCGUACUGCUCUGCAGAGACACCGCGAACAGGAGUUACUGGAGUUGGAACGACUGUGCGGCAGCGCGCCUGAAGGCUAA